UGUGAAAAAUUGUCUUAAUCAUAUUCACGCUAUCACUUCUCUUCAAAAGCCUCGAUACCAGCAUCUGAGUGGAAAUGGAAGCUAUCAAAACUUUAACCAACUUUAAACACAUUGAUAUCUUGAAUUGCCAUCGCUUAUAACCACAGCUGCAAUCUUUCUGCAUCUAUACUGUAGGUUUCUAAAGUGGCGCCCCCUGUGGAUUGAUGUAUGUCCCUGCAGCUGUUCAGAUUUAAUUCAUUGAGAACAACAUUUCCCAUAUACCCGGGAAGUUAACGUUUCCUGUAUAUAUAUAGUAUAGUAUAUUCUUCUCAUUCCGUGCAAUUAAACAGUGCUCAGUUGUAGCUGAUCAGUGAAAAUAACUAUGAUAAACUUUGUAUUUUGUUUUUGUGGUUGGGUAGGGUUUUAUACCCAGUUUUGCUAACGACGGUGUUGUAAGCUCUUCGGAGCUGAAGCUGAUAUAUGCUGAUACGAUGAUGAGGACGGAAACCUUCAGAUCUUACCAAGAGUUUAACGAUGAGGUUGAACAGGAUCAGAAUUUGGAAAACACAGAAGCAGAAGAUGUCAACGAUGGAAUUUUACCAGAUGUGGAUGAUGGGACUGGUAGCAAAAACCCUUCCAUGGGGUUCAGCAGGACCUGCCUGAAGAAUGUGUUCUCUGUUAUUCUCAUCCUCAUCUACCUGCUGCUCAUGGCUGUGGCUGUAUUUCUGGCUUACCAGACCAUCACUGACUUCCAGGACAAGCUGAAACACCCUGUGAUGUCUGUCACGUAUAAAGAGGUGGACAGCUUUGAGGCUCCAGGUCUUUCUACUGGAAUUGCUCUUUACCCUGGAAAGGCUCAACUUCUGAGCUGUAAGCACUAUUUCCAUGACCACAUGCCCCCUCUGGUUAAACCAGGACAACCUGGAGAAGUGGACUGUGUCAAGGAUCACAUUAACUACACAGACCCCUUCACUAAUAACACCAUGAAACAUGCUCUGGUUGUUCAAGGGCCAACAGACGUCAGAAAGAAGGAGCUGAUUUUUCUGCAGUUCAGCCAAAACGAAACCGAACAAGAUUUCAGUGCCAUUAGCUACCUGCUCUUUUACUCCUUUAAAGAAUUUAAAGGAAGCCAGAACAAAGCCCAGUUCAUGAAAGACUGUGAAAAGUCCUAUUCUGUGUGGACCUUCUCAGGGGGGUUCCGCACAUGGGUGAAGAUGUCCUUGGUGCAGACGUCUGAGAAAGACGGUAGCAAGUCGGUGGAGUUCAGGCAGGAGUCCAGCGUUGUGAAGUACUACGAUAAGAGGCUGGAAUCCGAAAAAACCAAUCAGCUCUUUUUUGUUGUGUUUGAGUGGAGGGACCCCUUCAUUCAGCAAGUCCGGGACAUCAUCACGGCCAAUCCCUGGAACACCAUUGCCAUUCUGUGCGGAGUCUUCCUGGCCCUGUUCAAGGCCGCCGACUUUGCCAAGCUCAGCGUGAAGUGGAUGAUCAAAAUCCGCAAGCGCCAGCUGAAGCGCAAGGCCAGGGAACUGAACCAGGUUGGCUGAGGGGCCGAAGAGCCACGGGCACUUCCCUUCCCCGCUGCAUCUCUCUGAGCCGUUAUUUUCUCCGAAAAAACCGAGGUGGGGAAGUAGUCAACUUCGGUUCGCACAGCCGGAACGACAUGCCGCUCACCCGCAAGAUGGGACGGGAUAGGAGGACACCAGCCUGUGCGAACGCUCGAUAAUAAAUUCUCACGAUCUAGACUUAUCUGGGAAUGUGAACACAAAAACGGUCACUUUUUGGAGCUCUUUAUUCAGAAAUGUGUAGUCAAGCUCUUUCUUGAAAGAUGGUAGAUUCAGUCUCCAAAAUUGGGCAAGACAAAUAGUCCCAUACUAGUCUUCAGAAAAAUCACUGUGUGCAGUUACUGUGACUGUCUGGGACCUCCGCUGUUUCCUCUGCAGGUGUUAAUGCCAGAGGAAUAAACUCGCCAACCUCCCCCAACAUAGUGUAAAACAGUCCAGGUACACGUUUUGUCUUAUCAGUGUGCCCCCAUUUGGCUUCUGUUUCAUAGUCAGAAAGACAAAAAGGUUAGACAGCAUUUUGUUUGGUUUUCCAUGCUGGCCUAUUUCCAGGCUUGUCUCACCCAUGGAAUAAAAAACAGGAAUUAAAAUUUAACUGUCAAUAUA